AUGAUAGAGGUCAUUGCGAAUUCUCGUACGGGUCAGAAAGUACGAAUAAAGUGUCUACCAACAGACACCAUUGGGGAUCUUAAACGUCUCAUAGCCGCUCAGACGGGUACGACAUCACAAAAGAUACAGCUGAAGAAGUGGUACACUGCUUUCAAAGAUCAUGUCACAUUACAGGAUUAUGAAAUACAUGAUGGUAUG